AUGGCCCGGUCGGACAAAUAUGCAGAUGCCGAAGAAACCCAAAUACUAUGCGAGGCCGCUCAAAACACAAAAACCCCGACCAAAGAGCCAACCAAAAAGGAAGUUGACUCGACUGGUGGUAAGAAGCGUAAGGAUGAUCGGUCCCGCGACGAACAUAGGUCGGAUAAGCGGCCCGACCAUAAGUUUUCGACGUACACUCCGCUCAACAAGCCGCAAGAGCAGGUAUUGAUGGAGAUCAGAGGCGAAGGAUUCGUCAACUGUCCAGAACUCUGGAGCAAUCCUCACCAACGAAGUAAGAGUAAGUACUGCCAUUUUCAUUGCAAUCAUGGGCAUAACACAAGUGACUUUUAUAAUUUAAAGCAGGAAAUUGAAAGCCUUAUCCGAGAGGGCCACCUCGGCAAACACGUCGACCCAGUAGCCAGAACCACGGAAGAACGCCUGAAUGAUAACCGACCUAUUGAGGAUAUCCGAACUAUUAUCAGAGGUUAUCUAGGUGGAGGCGAGUCAAAUAACGCUCGAAAAAACCAUGCGAGGAAUGUUGGUCGACUUGAGUCCGAAAUUAUGGUUCUAGCUCGACCUCCAAAGGAAAGAAAGCUUGAGAAAUAUAGUGUAGCAUUCACCGAAGAAAAUGCAAGGGGCAUUCAUCACCCACAUGAUGAUGCUCUAGUCAUCACUGUCACUAUCGCCAACCAUCGAGUCUUCAGAGUCCUCGUCGACACAGGCUCAUCUGCAGACGUGCUGUUUUUACAGGCAUUCGACAAGAUAGGUGCCGAGCGUUCAGCUCUGAGGCCUGUAAGGACUCCAUUAAUCGGAUUCUCGAGCAGGCAAAUUCUUCCCGAAGGAACAAUUCAACUCCCGCUCACUACCGGGGAUGCGCCAAAUCAAGUUACCAUUAUGAUCGACUUCCUGAUAGUCGAUCAGUCUUUAGUUUACAAUGUGAUCCUCGGUCGACCUUCUCUCAGUCUCCUCCGAGCCAUAUCCCAGCUUAUCACCUAUUUAUGA